AUGGCAAGAAAGAAGGAAGUAAACACUUUUCAAUUUCCUCUGGAAUUCAAUAGUUUGAAUGCUGAGUUUCAAAAACUGUUUUUCAAGCCAACAGCAGAUGUCACUAUUGAUGAUCAAAUAAUCAUCAUUAACAAAUUUUUCACUAGUGGUUUGUGCAAUGAAUUGAUAAAAUCAUUUGGUAAUCUACAGCUAGAGACAACUCCUUUGGUCAAAAGUAAAGAUUAUGCUGCCCGAAUAAAUGAUAGAACGCUAAUAGAGGACUAUAAGGCUUCUCAAAAUCUCUGGUCCUAUCUUCAACAUGUCUUACUCCAAGAUGACUACGAUACGAAUGUUGUGCAGAAAACUUUUGCCAAAGCCAUUGGAUUGAACCCUCAAUUGAGAGUUUAUAGGUAUCAAAAGGGGCACUACUUUGGCAAGCACUAUGAUGAAUCUGUCAAAGCGUUGAAUGGAAGAACAAAAUGGACUCUUUUAAUAUACUUGACUGGUGACGAAGAAUUUGAAGGAGGUGGAACGAUAUUCUAUGGUGAUAAUAAAAAACCAUUGAAUAUUCACCCCUCCAAAGGAAUGGCGCUACUUCACAAACAUGGCGAUGACUGCUUAAUGCAUGAGGCAGAAUUGGUAAGAUCUGGGGAGAAGUGGGUGCUAAGAAGCGACGUGGUUUAUUAGAGCUAUGUACAUUAAGUUAACUUCUUGAGGGAUUUGGUCAUAAAAAAGUCGUUCGUGUGUUGUAUUACUUCGGGAAAAGGUAAUUGGUCAAGGAUUCGGCGCUUGAUCCAUCCACUGAGCUUGUUUUGGACAGAUUUCUGGUGAUAUCUAUGAUCAAAUAAAUAUAUCAUUGAGUAAUCAUUGAUAUGCCGAAUACUUCUUCCUAUACUUUGGUUGAUAGAUCUCAUGCAAAUGUUUUCGAUAAAUUGCCUGCUAUUAUCUAAUGCCAUCAGUUUUGAUCCUGUCUUAAGGAAAGUGGUUUCUUCAAUAAAUUUCUUCCUGGCUAUAAGUUCUCCUGACAUUAAAUUCGGAUAUGGUAAACCAACCAUUAUAACAGCUCUUGCAAGUUCAUCCAGAAAGUUAAUACCUUCAGAGAGUUUACCUCCGACAACAGAGAAAAGCACAGCUCCUUUACCAGUCUUGAUAGCUCUGGAAUAUUUUUUAAGCACUUCAUCAACUUGACUUGAUGAAGAUGGCUCAACAAAUAGUGACGACUUAAGUGCCUCCAUUUGUUUCCAAAUUCCCAUUUGUUUCCAUUCAGCAACAAUAUGGUUCAAGUACUUGUAACUAGGCAAGAACACAACUGUGCCGUCGGGGGUGUUUUUCAUUAUCUCAAUCAAACAUUCGCCUAACCUUAGGAUUAGUGUACUGUUGUUCCGAUUUUUGAACAGAAAGUCAAGAAUUUGAUUCUUAUAUGAACCAAUUGGUAGAACCUUCAAAUUUUCUAUCGGAAUAAUGUGGUCACAAGAAAACUGCUUGAUUUGGGUGGUUGGUAGAUAAGGGAAAAGAUACUCGGUAUAAUCACUCAUAGGCUCCAUUGUUCCGCCUGCUAAGAUCAAGCAUUUACAGUCCUCAACAAUUGGUUUGAAAAUCUCAGAGGGAUCGAGCAACAAAUACUUAAUGGAUAAGUCAUCUGGCAGAGUCAGGUCCCAAAAAAAGCUACCUUCAUUUGUUGGAUUGCUUAGGGCCCUCAAAAAUGUCACCAAUUUAAAUAGUAACGGAUUAGAAGUAGUUUGAUAAUUUUCCACAUUCUUUUCCAAAUAGGUCUCUAUUUUGAAUGCAAUCUUGGACGUCUUUAAGUAUUCAUUUAACUUAUGGAUGUUGAACAAAUCUCCAGUGUUAUCAAUAAAUAUAUCAUUAAU